UUACCAACUGAUAUAAAACGUAGGCACCGAUUCUCACGGGAUGAUGAAGACAGGUGGUAUCCAAACCGAUGACAGGUGCCACAUGUCUCCGGCCGAGACAGGUGGCCUCUUGGCUGCACGAGCGACAAGCCACCCCUCACGCACGCGGCCAUCCAACACCCCACGCGACUCGUCACCGCAGCCCCUCUCCCCACCGGCCUCCUCCCCUCCCUCGGGCCGCACCUUGUCGUCCGAGGGAGGGGGACGUCCCUUGGCUCAGCCCUGACAGAAACAGACACACAUACACACACACAUACACACAGAGAGAGGGAGGGACAUGUGUGUGUGUCUGUGUGUAAGUUACCUGACUGCGUCCUUCUCGGCGUCGGCCUCGUCCUUACCCUCCCCGUCCUCGUCCGUCUCCUGCGUCUGGUGCUCGCCCUCGGUGGCGUCUCGAGCGGCGCUAUCCUCGUCCGCCACACGGGCAGCCGCGGACACCAACUGACGCUCAGCCCUGACAUAAACAGACACACACACACACACACAUACACAUACACACAGAGAGAGGGAGGGACAUGUGUGUGUGUCUGUGGUGCUGGACCUGCCCUCCGACGUGUCGUCGGCUUGCUGUUCGUUGAACUCGACUGUCUCCUGCGUCUGGUGCUCGCCCUCGGUGGCGUCUCGAGCGGCGCUCUCCUCGUCCGCCACACGGGCAGCCGCCUGGAUGACACACACAUACAUCACACACAUUUAUGUUCGUCUCACUAUCGCCAUUUCCCUUGCCUACAUUGUCUUCUUACCCCUCCUCGGCUCAU